UAUGAGAGAGAAAAAAAAAAACGCAACUUUAGGGAGCUUGCCAUUGGUUGUUAACGUUUCUCGGCUUCUUUUUGCCGACCUCUUCUCCGCUUUCUGGUUGACUUUGCUGACGUCGGCGAUUUCUGCUGGGGGUCAUCAGCAACUUACAAAGGAUCACGACGACUUCAGUAUUUCGGAUUUUUGCUCAUCCACAUCAAGAUAAAUACUGCAACAUCUAUUUUAAUCAGAUUGGUGCACUGAAACGAGGGCUAAAAUGGAUGAUAGUAGCCAUUGCAAAUUUUUAAGUACCGACGUGUCGUUUUCGUCGCGGCUUAUUUUCUACUUGGGGUUGUUAUUUCUUGCAAUUAUUGGGGCGCGUUUUUUACAGUCGAUAUGUCGAGGUUUGUACCAUUGCUUCAUUGGUCAAUUACUAGGACUUAACGUGAAUUUCAAGAAGUACAAAGGGAAGUGGGCAAUUAUUACUGGAGCCUCGGAUGGCAUUGGUCGUGCUUAUGCUGAACAGCUCGCUGACAAAGGCCUCAACGUCGUUUUGAUCUCAAGGACUCUUUCGAAGCUCAAAGAAGUAGCUUCUUACAUUCAAGAGGAGUCCAAGGUCGAGACAAAAGUUCUCUCUGUUGACUUCUCAUCAAAUGAUCGCGGCUGUUACGAUGCAAUCAAAACGUUUGUGAAGGACCUGGAAGUAGCUGUACUUGUCAACAAUGUCGGUAUGAGUUUUCCUUACCCGGAAUACUACACACUUGUACCUGAUGGCGAUAUUCUCAUGGAUCAACUCAUACAAGCUAAUUGCACAGCAGCUACGCUAAUGAUGCGUAUAAUUCUGCCUGGAAUGACGCAGCGUAGAAGUGGUGUUAUCAUUAACAUUUCUUCUUUGUCCAGCAUGUACCCGUUACCUUUGCUUAGUGUCUACGCCGGUACCAAAGCAUACCUUGACUUCGUCUCACAGGCCGUUGCUACAGAGUAUAGGCAGUUUGGAGUAAUUGUUCAGUCUGUAAAACCGGCAUUCGUUUCGACCAGAAUGUCCAAGAUCCGCCAAGCAAGUAUUAACGUUCCCACACCAAAUGCCUACGUCAAACAGGCACUCACUACAGUUGGAUUGGAAUCGUCAACCUAUGGAUACAUACCUCAUAAAGUGCGAGGAUAUCUCCAGGAGGUUGCUUUUACCAGUAUGCCGAUCCACUGCAUGCUGGCACUAUCGCUUCGGGUGAUGGCUAGUCUGCGAAGCAUUCGAUACAAGAAAGAUGCGAAGGAGGACCCAUUCAAGAAAUCAAAGUCCAGUUAAUACUUUUGAAUCUGAUUAUUUAGACUUCUUAGAGUUGGGUAUGGUCAAUGUAUUUAUAAGAAAAAUGAUACAGCUUCUAUUGUUUUGUUGUAAACACAGCAGCCACGGUUCGAACGACGAACUCUCUUAUUUGUGUCAAUUAGUUCAAUACACAGAAAUAGGAGAAUGAAUGAUCGGCGAAAAAAUAUCAUUAUCGGGGUUAGUUUAGUAAAAUGAAUUUUGGCAGUAAUAGUGGUACCUGAUUUUAAUCAAAAUGUCCACUAACCCAUUAUUAACAGAACACAGCAAGCGAAGUUGUUUUUGUAUCAACAUGAAGCACAUUAAUAUGUUCUUCUUUUUUGAAACUUUAUUAAUCUUCUUCGUGACAUUGUAUGAAUGCAGAUUUAUCUUGAAAUGAAAUGAGAAGUGCUCGAAAUCAGUGAUUAGUUUCAUCUUGGUGGCUUUUUGUCUGUUUCUUUUGUGGUAGGACGCACAGAAAUUAACAUGUUGCUGAACUGAACUCAGAUAAACUGACAUACGAGGUUACUUAAAAUUAUAUAUAUAAUCGGAUACAAGUCUGCUAUGGGACCAUACACCAGUAGUUAACAUCGUCAUUAACAGAAAAACAUGACGUUCGAUACUCAAAUAAAUUUUUGUAACAUGAAACAUGUGCACUUUGAUGAAGCUUAAUAGAGCAUAAUGGACGUCUAGGAAAGUUUGCACAUUUUUGUGUUUUCCAGUUGUCAGCCAGUAUUUGCCAUUUGAUAUUAUAACUGCUUAAUUUUAUGAAUCGAAUUUACUUAGGUGGUGGUUUUUUUAAUAAUGCGCAGACUUAUUUCCUUGUCAUAUUCACAUUACUAGUUUAUUUUACAACCAUAAAAUACCCUACUGCUGAAUACAGAAUGCAGGAUAUUAAGAAAUACUUGUCACAAGAUUUUGCUUAUUUCAGUUGUUCUACACAUUUUUGCAGCUUAUAUUAAUGCAAUUUUUUAGCAAGCAAUAAAUAAUAUUGAAAAUAAGCUGAAACAAAUUGGUCCCGUUUUCAU